GAGAUUUGAUCGGUCAACGAGGUCCAGUUAUGACCUUAGCUGUAUUGUAGCGGAGUUGUCCGAAUUUAUUGUUAUAUUGUUAUAUAGAGUUGGCCGAUCUAUUUGUCUAUUAGGGUUAGUUCCUUUCCACUAAGCUAUUCGGUUUGCUGUCCUCCACGAAACUAUAUACCGUCUUACCACUUUUAGUGAGACUAUGCUGAGUUGGAUAGCUCACCAAGCGCAAAGCGCAAGCCACCAAGUUACCACGGCCUUCCACGACAUCCACGACAUUGACCUGAGAAUCCGUGCCCUUACCACCAUCCUGUCAAUUCUUGAUCCUCAAGCUAGCUCUGCUACCAAAGGCCCCUCGUCAAUCGAGUUCAAAGUUGCGAUGCAUAUUGCCACGCUCCUCACCCGUGGUGCGGAUGAGAGGAGAGGCAUAGUGGGGCCGAACAUUGGACCGAUUGCAGUCGCCGCGCGAACGACGGUGGAUUCCGUAAAUAUCCUUGCGACGAUUGAUAGAGACGAUAACGAAUAUUCAGAUACCCCUAAGAGUGGGCUCUCAAACGAUUUUGUUGUCACCCAGAAUCCUACAUCAGAUGACCGUGUUGCAUUUGGUGUCACUGUGACUGAGAUUGAAUCUAAAGAUCUGGACGACGUGCAACACGACGAACUCUUGAACAGGUGAUCGACUCCCCAUUCUAUGCGUCGCCCUGAUUCAUGAUUACCAUUGCAUUUAGCGACCGCCCCCCAGAGGAUAU